AUGAAUGACAUGGGGGAGGGGCCAGCACGCCUCAUGAACCUUCUAAGCGAAGGAUACCUGGAGACAUACAACACAGCAACGUUCCAACAAUCGGAAACGUUUAACCGGGUGGAAUACAUUUUGACGGCGUCCGGAAAUAAGGUCAGUAGGGACUCCAUACUCUGUGGCAUGAAAAACAUCCACAUGCUGGGGAAGUCAAUUAUAAAGAGCGGAGCCAUGUUGAGGGGGGAUCUGAGUAGCCUCUACUUUGGAAAGUACGUCAUAGUCGGGUCGAAGACGCUCAUCUGCCCGUGCUUCCUUCAAGGGAGGGAGCCGCAAAAGGGGCAGAAAGGACAAGAUGGACAAGACGGCCAAAACGGACGACAAGACGAACAACACGACCAUGGCAACCCAUAUAACCGAACCGACAAUCCGACGAGCACCUCCUACGUAACCCUCACCAUCGGUGACAACGUCUACAUAGGAAACGAAUGCAUCAUCAAGGCGGCACUCAUCGGAAGCAACGUUGUCAUAGGCAACAACUGUGUGGUUGGGGAGAGAGUAGUAAUUAAGGACAAUGUAGUCAUAAAGGAUAAUACUUACAUCCCCAACGAUACCAUUAUUGCCUCCUUUGCAAAGUAUGCGGGGUGCCCCGCCACCUACGUGAAAGAACUCCCCGAAUCGGCUCAGAUCUAUUUGAAAGACAUUUCCUACCAACAUUACAAGAACUUCGUCCCCGCGGGUUAA